CGGGACUGACCAACAGUUCUUCGCGCCACACCGCAGUAUUCAUUGCGCGAUCAACAAUAACACUAUAGUGAUAUUACAGUGCAUGGUGUGAUCAAAAUUUGAUUUUCCCAACGAAAUUUUCAACAGAAAAAUGAAGACGCAUUGGAGAGUGAUAACACUUUUUAUGUGUGCUGUAAGCGCGCAUGCUACUGAGCCUCAAGAAACAGCCGCUGAAGAGCCCCCAGAGGGCUAUUACGCCUUCGUGGAGUCUCCCAAUGCGGAGCCCCCACGCGUGCGGCCUCCACCCUACACCCACGCCCCCGUGGACUGCCGGGAGGACGACACCAAGAGCCCCCAUGCCUCCUCUUUCAAUUUAUGCGGGGACUUAAACAAGGGCACAAUCCCCAGGAAUCCAAUGGGGCAGAAUGUUUUGGGGUCGCCUUAUCCUUUCGAACUGAUAAGAAACAUGACCUUGAAAUAUUUGAGUCGGACAUUACCGAUUCUGAAGGCGGAUGAAACUUUGCCGAAAGUUGCGCAGCUCCAAGAUGACCUUAUUUCCCAAAAUACCAUAACACCGUUCCAAAAUAGCAACGACAGGGUCAAAAGGGACGCGAAAUUGGAUCAGAAACAAGAAACAAAGGAAAAGUCUGCCAACUCCACUUCGCAAGACAACAAAGACCGUAAAGGUCGUAAAUUUUGCGACCAAGGCGGCAUUUUUUGCAUGUUGUACAAAGCGAUCAAUGGGGAAUCGUAUUCUUCGCCAACCGUGGUCCAAUCGUCGCAUCUUCCGGUUGAAAGAAGGGAUGAAGUGGUACAACCCCGCUAUGAGGGACCUCCUACCCCAUGUCCCGCCAAAGUCGAAUAUGCUACUCCAGUUUUCGCGAAGAAUUAUCAAGGAGUGUGGAGAUACGUCGUCCAAAUCCCUUACGAAGGCUAUUUUACCCAAACUGUUGAAGUUACAAGGUGUCUCCAAUCGCGCUGCCAUUACUUGGACGGUGGUUGCUUGUCUUCGCCGCGAUGGUCAAGCCUUCUGGUUGCCGAGAUUUACUACCCCGACACUGUUUUGAGCAACAGUGACACCGCGAACCCCCCGCGAAGCCCAGUGGCGGCAUCGCAGCCUCCCUCAGUGCAAGACUUUCAGAACUAUCAGCAGUAUUUGCACAAGAGGGCCGGGCUCCAGGCCGCCCCAGUGGACUCCUCGACCACAUCCCGACCCAAUCAUUGCGACGGAGUAGACGCCCUUGGUUGUUUCCAAGUGCGACUCUACUACGACUGGUUCUUAAUCCCCGGCUCUUGCAAGUGUUGGAGACCCGAUUAUUUUAAUAAAUACGUCAGGAGGAAAUCCACCACUGAACUAUAAUUUUUCAAGACUGUAUAUUAGAUGAUUGAAAAGGGGGAUUUUUAUUUCAAAAAGUGUAGUCUAGUCUUCGAUUUUUGGGGGAGAAGGGUUAAAACCGGCCGAUACCGUUUGAUUUAAAAUCCCCUUUUUGUGAUAUUUCUCCCGAUUUAGGCGACGAGGGAGCGGAAAAAGCAACUUAAUAUAUUUUUAUUUAUUUGUUACGACUAUUCCACCGUUUCACAGGCUUAAGACUUGCACAUAAUUUAUGAAUAGGCGAUAAGAAAUGUUAUGAAAUAGAGUAAUUUGAUAAAAAAUUAAAUUACUGUGUUUCAAAAGGGUUAGGUAAUGGACGUGCAAAAUUUUUGACAUUGUAUAAUAAUUGUGUAAAAAUUUUCUAGAAAUAUA